ACAGGGUCACGGAACCACAGCUGGCGCUGCUAAAAACAUCAGCUGUAAGUUGAAAUCGCAUAUUCUGUUUCUCUACACUUGAAUACAGUAACGGGAGCGCGGAGAACUCAUCGUCGUGGCACUUUUGUCUGUUUUUGUGUGUCCCGCAGUGAAAGCAGGACACGUUGUUGGUCGAGCAUGCCCAGUAACACAGCUCAACUCCUGGAGUCAGACGAUACUGAACCGGACCUCCCAGUACCGGUACAGAACCUGAGCGGGUUGAGCCUCCGGGAUGAUGAGAGUCCAUCAGAACUACAUGAUACUUCUCAUCUGGGUGUCCUGGGUGCGGUAUUGGACCUCCAGCCCUUAUCCCAAACUGGAUCAGAGGAGGAAAACACCACCACCAGUAACAAUAGCAACAUUAUCAGACAUGAUGCUGAUCUGGACCAGCUGAGGGCCCGGGCCCUCACAGCCGUGGAGGCACCGGGGACCGGUGGGCUCUUCCAGGACGGGCCGGGCGAGUCCCAGGGUUACCAGGUUCAGGGGAGUAUGAUGAUGGCGAUGAUGAUGAUGCAGGAGGGUGAGAGGUGUGCACUCAAUACCAGGAGGAAGAGCGUGAACACAACAGAGUGUGUGAUGGUGGCCACAUCUGAACAUGUGGCGGAAAUAGUUGGCCGACAGGGUUGCAAGAUCAAAGCUCUGAGAGCAAAGACCAACACUUACAUUAAAACCCCCGUGAGAGGAGAGGAACCAGUGUUUGUAGUGACCGGCCGGAAGGAGGACGUCAUUAUGGCGAAGCGUGAGAUUCUGUCCGCGGCCGAGCAUUUUUCCCUCAUCCGGGCGUCCCGGAAUAAAGUGGCACCGACAAACAGCAUUCCUUGCCAUCCGGGACAGACCACCAUCCAGGUUCGGGUGCCGUAUCGAAUGGUAGGGCUCGUGGUGGGGCCGAAAGGAGCGACUAUCAAGAGGAUCCAGCAGCAAACCCACACCUACAUCGUCACGCCAAGCCGUGACAAAGAACCGGUGUUUGAGGUGACCGGGAUGCCUGAGAACGUAGACCGAGCUCGGGAGGAGAUCGAAGCCCAUAUUGCGAUGCGAACCGCAGGAAGCGUGGACACCAACAUGGAUGAUGAUGACUUCCACUACAACGGCACCGACGUUGGUUUCGAGUCGGGCGGCAACGGAGCAUGGCUCUUCUCCGGCGGCGUUUCAAACUUCCACAGCAACGCCGCGGGGUAUCGCAACGACAGCUCCAGCUCGCUCGGAAGCAACUCUAGCGAGUCGUACUACAGCGGGAAAGGCAGCGGAGUGGCGGAUCUCAGUCCCGGCAGCAGCGGAGGCACAUUCUGGUUUGGCGAUUCCCAGUUGCCCUUGGGAUCCGAAGAUCCUGCGGGAUACGACGGGCUAACGAUGACGGCGCCGUCCACCAAUCCGCAGCCGACACUGUGGGGCGCUUUCGAGCGGGGAGGCGCGAGUUUGCCCACUACGCCGAGGCUCUCUCCGUCCCGUCUGUCUCCGUCUCUUCCGGAGGAUCAUCCGCUGGUUCGGUUGGUGCAGGAGAAUUCCCAGAGCCUCCCGGCCUUUGGUUCCGCGUUUUCUCCGUCUAGCGACAGCACGGGCUCCAGCUCUCCGCCGGACGUGCGCACUUACCCCAAACACAGCCAGGCUCCUGCGUGCGUACGUUGCGGAGACAACAUGGCGGCGCUUGUCCUGGGCGGGCAAAACCUUGUUUGUUUGGAGUGUUCCAACUCCAUCCUGCAAAGCGCGUAGAGAGAGAGGAAAAAAUUGGGAUCUCAAGAAGUAAACUCUUUUAAUUUUUUACAUUGAAAUACUUCUUCCUUCCGUAUUACGCUUAAAUAACUGGGAAAUGCAGGUUUUUGUUUAAUAACCACAGUUGAGUUCAUCUCAGAGAUUUGCGUUUAGCUGCUACGUCGUUCUUACGGCGAGCGGCGCUGGGGUUUAGCAGUGCUAAAUUGCUAUCACCUGUGUUUUUUGUUGUUUUGUUUUCAAGGUAUAGACUGUGUUUACAUUUUCAUGUGCCUGAUUCCAUGACGCUGGUGGGGUGGAUUGGCGACUUUGCUGCAAAAUUUUCUGUGACCUUUAGUUUCUGUUUCACAACACUAGAGUCGAGCAGCAUGCGAUCAUAAAGAGCCGUCCUGAACUCUUUGAACAUCUCCAUAAACAUUACGAAAUUUAAGGGCAUUGCAUGUCAUCAUUAAAGGAAUAGUUCACCCAAAAAUGAAAAUUUGCUGAAAAUUUACUCACCCUCAGC